UAUUAUUUUCUCAUCUUUUACUUAUGUUCAAACGUUAAUAGUAACGUCUGGUCUAUAAUUAACCCGUGAAAGUUUAUAAAUAUUACAGUAUACCAUGGUGGACUCGCGAUAUGAGUCGGGUCAUUAUAUUUGAAGGUUGCCAUUUUUUAGGGAUAUAUUUGUGAAUUUUGGGCGUGAUCGUUGCACCGUACUCCUCUUGCAACCCUGCCGUGUGUCUUUUAUCUCGCGAGUGUCUUCGAUCUGAAUCAAGUGCAUAUACGCGAACACUCGAGUGCUCAUUGGAAGUGCAUCAAAGUGUGGUGUUUUCAGGUAGAGAUGCGAUUGGUGUCAGUUUGGUGGAGAUAAUAACAGUGUCGUGAAUGAUGUGGGCGCAGUGAGUGGGCACAGCGGCACCACGGCUUCCUCAGUGGCGGGUGGCGCGCGGGGAGCCGAGUCUCCUUCGCAGGCCAACCAAGACACCGUGGAUAACACCACUCCCACUUGCUGGUGGGCGGCGUGGUCUGCCAUGGGUUGCUUCGGGUCGCCGGGCGCCAAGAGUGGCGAGGAUGACGCCAAAUCACAGAAGCGGCGCAGUGACGCAAUUACCCGCCAACUGCAAAAAGAUAAGCAGCUAUAUCGCGCAACGCAUCGCUUGCUACUACUCGGCGCUGGUGAGUCAGGGAAAUCGACGAUCGUCAAGCAGAUGCGAAUCCUUCACGUGAACGGCUUCUCCGACAAGGAGCGACGCGAGAAGAUCGAGGAUAUCAAGAAGAAUAUACGAGAUGCGAUACUUACAAUUACUGGUGCGAUGAGUACCCUGACUCCGCCCAUCCCUCUCGAAAAGCCGGAGAACAAGGCGCGCGUCGAUUAUAUACAGGAUGUAGCGUCCCAACCGGAUUUCGAUUACCCAUCAGAGUUCUACGAACACACGGAGGAGCUGUGGAAGGACCACGGCGUGCAGCGCACCUACGAGCGCAGUAACGAGUACCAACUCAUCGACUGUGCCAAGUACUUCCUGGACCAGGUGCACAUCAUAAAGCGCGCCGACUACACGCCCACGGAGCAGGACAUCCUGCGCUGCCGAGUGCUCACCUCGGGCAUCUUCGAGACGCAGUUCGUCGUCGACAAAGUCAAUUUCCAUAUGUUCGACGUGGGCGGUCAGAGGGACGAGCGACGCAAGUGGAUCCAGUGCUUCAACGACGUGACCGCCAUUAUCUUUGUGACGGCCUGCUCCUCCUACAACAUGGUGCUGCGUGAGGACCCCACGCAGAACCGGCUCAGAGAGUCGCUCGACCUCUUCAAGAGUAUAUGGAACAAUAGGUGGCUGCGCACGAUAUCGGUGAUCCUGUUCCUGAACAAGCAGGACCUGCUGGCGGAGAAGGUGCUGGCGGGCAAGUCCCGGCUGGAGGAGUACUUCGCGGAGUUCGCGCGCUACCAGACGCCGCCCGACGCCUGCCCCGACGCGCGGGACCACCCCGAGGUCGCGCGCGCCAAGUACUUCAUCCGCGACGAGUUCCUCCGCAUCAGCACGGCGAGCGGGGACGGCAAGCACUACUGCUACCCGCACUUCACGUGCGCGGUGGACACGGAGAACAUCAAGCGCGUGUUCAACGACUGCCGCGACAUCAUCCAGCGCAUGCACCUGCGGCAGUACGAGCUGCUCUAACGGGACGGCGAAGAUAAAAGAGAAGAGCGAUGCGCGCCGACACUGGCUUGACAGUCGGCGACACAGCAGAGACCCCCCAACCCCCCCACGCCACGCGACAGACUCGAGCAGGCCCGACUGCCGGCACUUGGCGUAAAACUUACAUUUGUCGUACGGUAGUAAGUACUCGCAGCCCUCACUCACGUGUAGUGUCUCUUUCUAGUCGCGAGGUAAUCAGUACAACCGCUGAUUGUAUCUAUAUACAGCGUUUCCUUUCCAAUCGAACUUACUAGAAGCUAUAUAUAGAUAGAUAAGACACGGCCCUUUACAAAUAAUCAUCACUUCUUAAUAGAACAUCCUGUAUUAUCUAUCUUACGUAUGGCUAUGUACGCACGACAAAUCGAAAUCUUAUGUCAAUUGCCUAAAAUUUUGGUUAUUAUAUUGUAAGUUGUGAAGUCGAUACGACGUAAAGAGUUAUUUUUGAUUGAACAGCGUGAAGUGGCGUUAUAGUCGCAUUAUUUCUAAUUAUGGAUACUUUGGUGAUUAUUUCGUGUAGCAAUAUAGCACGUAUAUUUUGUAACCGAAUAGAAAAAAAAAACAAAUGCACAAUACCAUGAAAGAAUACGUAUUUAAUACAAUUAUGAGAUGUAUGUAAAACUUUUAUUCUACAUUUUUAUACAUGCCGGUAACUAUAAUAGAAUUAUUUAAUAAUAUAUAUAUUCAGUCGCGUGGCCAGUGUACCAUUUGCUAGUGUUAACAAAAUCGACCGCCGGGAGGCCAGUGUCACUGUGAUUUCCUUUCGCAUGGUGUUUCCGAACGUUCAGCACGCUGGCAACUUCGAUUUUCUAAAAUGGAAUACAUCGGCUCGAUGUGUAAGGCAGUUUUAGUUAGCACCUCCGUCUUGCAAAAAAAAAAGUAAUGUAUAGUUUACGUCAAAAAUAUAUUUACUAUUUAGUCUGUACCACGAAAAAGGCGCGAAAGUCAAUUUUUUAUUCGACAUUUUGUAAUAAAUAGUCGCACCGUUAUAGUAUAAACAUUUUAUAAAUUUGCGGAUUAUACGGUAUCGUGUUACAAACUUGUACCUAUAUGUGUAAAAAUAUUUUAUGAUUUAUAUUUCGGAAGUAACACCAAAGAAGAAAUUAAACGAGUUCAUACAAUUAAUUAUAUUUGUAUUUAGAAAAGCAAUGAAGCGGUUGGCGAGCGUUAGAAUGCCAUUUUAUAUUAAGGAUCAUUGUGUAAAGCGAUUUUAACCGGAGGCUAGAUUUAGUAUUCAUACGGAAAAAGCACAGUUUUGCUUUUACUAAACAAUAUAGUAACAUUUUGUUUUACUUCUUGUUGACAGUUAACGUUUUUUUUUUUAUUUGUUUUAUCGUUGACAUUAAAAUAUAUCUUGACAUUUAAUUUUGAAACUGAAAAUACGUACCAUAGACAUAAUAUGUUUGCACAUACGUUUAAAAAAAAAAAGAAAAAGUGGUACCCAAGUGUAGACCAAAUUUUAUUUCGUAAUCGUUUAUUGGAGUGUUGGUAUACGUUAAUAGUUAAAUAUACAAUUUUUGUAUCGCAUAUUUUGUUUUUUUUUUUUUUUUUGAAGCAAUGAUUCGAUUUUGAACUUUGUUCUUUUUUCUGUCUGUAUAUUUUUGAACUCGGAGAUUUUUUUUUCUAUUCUAUUUUAAAAUACGCGUCCUCUGUCGUUAUUUUGCGGAUGCAUUGUUAGAUUUAUUUUACAUUUAGUUUUAUAAAGUGUCUUCCAUUGUGUAAUAGUUUUUUUAUUUACUUUUUUUUUUGUUUAUUAUUAGAUGACUUGUUAGGUUGUUUAAUUUAACGCACAUUUUGACUAUAACAAGAAAAAGCAGAAAAGCUUUUGAUAUAUUUAACUUGUAGAAUAGUUCUUAUUAUAUGAAAAUUUCUUAAUAUUAAGGUCCAAAGAGUUCGCCGCCCGUAUCCGAUACGGUGCCUAUAAUAUCAAUCAUAGCAGUAUUUGACUUUAAUUGUUCAUUUCUUUCUAAUUUAUAAUAUAUUUCCCAUAUAUUUUUAGGACAUAUUUAGCCCUAAGUACAAAUGUUACUAACAUUAUCGCCCUAACAUAAAUAAAUAAUUAUUAUUAAUAUAAAUAAAAAAAAUAUAUUUUAUUUAUAGAAUUGGUUUAUGUACUUACAAUACGCGUUGUUAGAAAAUACACUGAAAGAUCUAUUUUUCGUUAUUUCUUUUAUUAUUGAUAAGAAUUCGUUAGGUUAGUUUUAAUUUUUGUUUUUUUUUUUCGCAUUUCCUAACACGCUUCGUGAAUAUGAAACUAUUUAAUUGUAAUUAAUAAUUAUAUUUAUAAUGAUAUGGUCCUUAAUAUACAAUGCUGAAGCGUUGGUUAGUGUAAUGUGCCAUAAUGAAGUGUUGCUAGCGGAAACACCAUAAUGUUACCAUAUAAAAAAAAUAUAAAUAUAUAUAUAUAUAAUUACAAAAUAUGUUUACAAUUAAGCUGAUCCUUCCUAGUAAUUUGUAAAUUAACGCUAUUUUGCUUUGUAAUGAUAAAAGUGUCGUUAUAUUAUUUUUUAAAUAUAUAUAUUAAUUAUGAAACGUA